AUGCUUACUCGCUCGCUCUUCUCGGUUGUUAUCGCUCUCGGCGCUGGCGCCUUCGCUGCGCCCGUUGACAAUGGCGAGCAGCCCUGCGACUCGUGCCACGGCGUCGAGAUCUCGCACGGCAACGGCACCGCUGCCCCCGGCGGCUGGGGCCACUGGGGAGGCGGCUCCUGGAACGGCACCUGGGCCAAGCCCGACUUCUCCAAGGGAGCUGAGCAGUGGAGGAAGCUCUCUUCGUCCUCGAACCAGUCCUCUUCGUACAAGAAGGUCUGGACCUGGAAGUGGACCCAGACCUCGUCCUCUUCGUCGAGCUCUGGCGGUCUUCCCGUUGGCAACCUCGUGAUCUCUGCCCCCGAGGGCAAGGGUAACGUCACUCUCUCUACCGGUGCCGACAAGGACCAUGCCCCCAUCCAGCUCGGCCCCAUCGGCGCCUUCGGCCACUUCAACAUUGAGGAGUGGAAGACCAAGCUCGCCAACUUCUUCACCACCGAGAAGAUCGCCGAGAUCAAGGACAAGGUCGCCGAGUGCAUCGCCAAGUACAACAACCAGGCCCGCGCCGACGAGUUCAAGAAGGUCUUCGAGGGCUACUUCACCGCCGAGAAGAUCGAGGCCUACAAGAAGGACUUCAAGAUCACCUACAUCACCGAGAUCGUCAACACCUUCAAGCAGUUCCGCCCCGAGUUCCUCAAGGUCGUCGAGGGCACCACCUACCAGGAGCUCAAGGCCAAGAUCGACGCCAAGUUCACCACCGAGAAGAUCAAGGAGAUCGCCGGCAAGUUCCAGAUCGAGCUCAACGACUCCCAGAUCGAGGCCAUCAAGGGUCUCUACAACCUCUACUUCACUGAGGAGAACUUCAACAAGCUCAAGGCCCUCGCCAUCCGCUUCCUCAACCGUGACGGCCCCAUCGGCGGCGGUGACUCGACUGCCUCGUCGACCGCCUCCUCCACCUCGUGGGUUUCGUCCGCCCAGGGCUCCUCCACCCUUGCUUCGGACUCGAUCUCCGCCUCCGCCACUGCCUCCGGCGGUGCUUCCGCCGCCACCUCUGCCACCGCCUCUGGCGGCGCUUCUGGUGGUGCCUCCGGAACCGCCUCCGCCACUGGCGGUGAGGCCUCGGCCACCGGCGGCUCGUCGCAGACCCAGUCUGGCUCCACCCAGUCGCAGUCGCAGGGAUCGCAGUCUCAGCAGCAGUCCCAGACCCAGCAGCAGGGCGGCUCGAACUCGUCCUCGCAGGGCGGCUCGCAGCAGUCCGGCGGUGACUCGAACUCGUCCUCGCAGGGCGGCUCCGUGACUGGCUCCAACUCGGGCUCCAACUCCAACAACCAGUCCAACACCCAGACCGGUGGCGGCAACACCAACGUUCAAUCCAACACCCAGACCGGCCAGAACAACAACAACAACCAGUCCUCGGUCCAGAUUGGCAACAACAACCAGUCGACCCAGACUUCGAUCCAGAACUACAUCAACGGCAUCUCGUACGACCAGAUCAAGCAGUACCUCCAGUACCUGCCCGCCAAGUACCAGAUCUCUGAGCAGAAGUUCGAGCAGCUCAAGCAGAAGUACGUCACCCCCGAGAACAUCCAGCGUUUCUCCGGCCUCGCCCAGGACCUCCAGGGCAUCAAGACCUCGUCUGGCUCGUGGAACUGGUCCAAGCUCAUUGAGCUCAAGAACAAGUACUGGACCCCCGAGAACAAGGCCCUCCUCAACCAGAUCAAGGCCGACAUCGAGUCCGGCAACUAA